GUAGAGUGUUCUACCACUGGCCUGCUCCACAGCAGUUACUAUUUUUAACUUUCCUUACUUGAAUGUGAGAAUAUUGUCAAGUGCAAACAAAGUAGAUAGAAGUGGAAAGGAAACUGUUUUCUUUCAUCUUUGCAUUGACAUUUUCCAAACCUAAAAAUUGGCAAUCAGGAAAAAAAGAUGAUUAUAAAGAAAAAUGUACUUCACCCAAGAGUGAGGCCAGAUGAAGAUGACAAAGGUGAGAUCUUUCCUGGAUGUUUAGUUCCUGGUUGGCAGAAAACACAAGGGAAACAAAAUCCACAAAACAUCUCAAGGCUGAGGGUGGGUCCGCGGCCUGGCGCUGGAGGAUGGGCCCUGCCGGACAUUGUGGGGUCAGCGCGUGUCCGGUUUGGUUUCCUUGGCAACCUACAUCUGUGGGGCAGGUCGCGGGCACAUCCACCUCUCAGGGGAGGCCUCCAGGGGGAACGCAAGGAGCACUUCUAGGCUCCUGAGGUCGUCGCAGGGGUGUUCAGCCCGUCAGUUCCCGAGAUUUGGACCCUGGCUCCGCACCUGGGGCGCUUUAGGAGGCCCGGGCACGCCAUGGUGGACGCGCGGCUCGGCUGCCUUCGGCGCGGUGGUGUCCAGCACGAGCUGCUGCAGAAGAUGGUGCUCUUCCAGCGGACCGGCCCAGAGCAUACUGAGCCCGAGGUGACCGUGCACCGGGUGGCUGGAGGCGAUGGCGGCUCCUGCUCUGGCUGUUGGUGCUGGCGAGGGCUCUUCCGGCCAGGGGCGGCCCGAGGCCCGCACAGAAAGAAGGCCAAGUAUGCGCGGCCCAGCGAGGCGAGCCAGGACUGGGGCCUGUGGGGGCCCCCGAGCUUGCAGAGGCUGUUCCGGAAGCUGGCGGCAUGGAGGAGGCGCUACCUGCGGGGUCGGGAGCGACCCGAGAGGCUGGAAGAGAUCCCGCUGCUGGUGCUGGACCGCGCGCAGGGCGGCGACUAGGCUGCGGGUCGGACUCAUUGGCCACCGCCUGCUGCCCAAGCACCCCUCAAGGACUAGGUCCUCGUUCCGUCCUGUCCAAUAACUCUGAGCAUUGGUUUUAUUUUGUAAGCAAAAGCAAGAAAUGAAAAUAAACCCAACAUCAUAUAAACGAAA